AUGACGUCAAUACCUCAAGAGAAAAUAGAUCAUUUGAUUUUAAAUUAUUUUAUUCAAGAAGGAUAUCAACAAGCAGCUAUCAGUUUUGCUCAAGAAUUAAAUAUAGACAUAAAUAAUCGAUCAGUAUCCCCCCAGAAAACUCAACAACAACAACAACAGCAACAUCUUCUUAAUCAUCAACACCAUCCAUUCAUAAAUCAAUUAAACAAUUUAAGUAAACUAAAUGAAGAUGAAUUUUCCAGUGUAGUUAUGGAUUAUUUUAAGUCUGAUAAUCUUGAAAAUAGUAGAGGGACCAUCGUUGCACCUGUUCCUGUUGGUAGUGGUACUGGAAGUACUGGUUCUGAUAAUGUAGGUACGAAACUUAUCUCAGGAUAUUCAACCAUUAUCCAAAGACAAGAAAUCAAGAUGUUGAUUCUAAAAGGACAAGUCACAGAAGCAAUCAAAAAGAUUAGUGAAUAUUUCCCCACGAUUUUAGAUUUAAAUAAUUUAUUACAUUUUAAAUUAUUAAGAUUGAAUUUAAUUGAAAUGAUUCGAAAUCAUAAAUUAACAACCAGUACUAUACAAACUGAAGAUGAAAGGAAAUUUUUAGAUGAUAUAUUAUCAUUUGUUCGAGAAAAUUUAAUUAAUAAAGUAUCGAAUUCAUUUAAAUUAUUAAAAGAAUUAGAAAUAACUAUGAGUUUAUUAUGUUUUAAUUUCGAUCCAAAUAUUAAGAAUAUUCAAGAUCAAAAAGAUUUACCUGAAGAAUUAAGAUCGUUGUUUAAUUUAUCAUUAAGGAAUCAAUGUUAUAGAUUAGUGAAUCGAGCCAUAUUGAAUCUUUAUGAUAAUGAAAACAUUAAUAAUAAUAGUAGUAGUACAAGUGGAGGGAAUAAAUUACUUGCUGCAGAUGAUGAUGAUAAUGAUAAUCGAUUUAUUGACGAGAUUAUGGGUGUAUCUCAUGAAGAUCAACGAAAGAAAGAUAUUAUGCAGAUUUAUAAAGGACCUAAAUUUGUUGAGUUUGAUUUAUCUAAUUUAGAACAUAGUCCUGUGGGUAGUAGUGGUACCGCUCGUGGAGACGAGGAAGAUGAUGAAGAUGAGGAUGAGGAUGAUAUGGAUAUGAGUACUAUUGAAUAUAAUAUUAAUUCUCAUAAUGCGGCAAUUAAUCAAAUCUUGAAUCCAAAUGAUACUAAUCAAAAUCAAAAUAAUAAUGAUAAAGAUGGAAUUGAAGAUGAAAUAAGUAAAUUACAAACAUUAUCAUUAGAAUCUAAAUUAGAAAGAGUGGUUAAACUCUGGACAAUAACUGAACAAAGGUUAUUAGAUUUGAAUAUAAUUAAAGAGAAACGAUAUAUUUUGAAUGAGGAGUAG